AUGAAUAAAUAUGAAAAUAUAAUAACAGGUGGUAUAAAAUUAAAAGGUAAAGUAAUAUUAAAAGGUAAUAAAAAAAAAGUUAAAACAAUUCAAAAUAUUAAAAGUACAAAUGAAUAUAUUAAAGAUACAAAUGAAUAUAUUAAAGAUACAAAUGAAUAUAUUACAAUUCCAAUUAAUAAUAAUGAAUUAAAUCUGGAAGAACAAGAAAAUAAACUAAAUGAACAAGAAAAUAUAGAAGAUGAAAAUAAAUUAGAUAUAAUUAAUAAAAGAAUUGAAAGGGUAAAAAAUGAUAUGAAUUUAACAAAUUCUGAAAAGACAUUUAAAAUAGCACAAAUAAAAAGAACAUAUAAAAGAAUACAAGAAUCAAUAAAAGAAUCACAUAAAGAAAAAAUUAGUAAAUUCAAUACUAAAUUAUCAAAACUUUCUGAACUUCAUUACACCACAUUUAAUAUUUGUAUACAUUUGAUUAUUAAUUAUGUAAUUAAUAUAUUUAAUAUGAGUGAAACAACUUUUCUUGGAACUCCUUUAUCAAAAUAUGAUAUUGAUAAUAUUGAAAUAAAUGUAAAAAAUAAAAGGGGUAGAAAUUAUUUGGAAUCGAAAGAAUUGAGAUAUAGGCAAAAUCGUGAACAAAUUAAGAAAAAUAAACCGAAAAUACUUUAUACAGUAGAUACUGAAGAAGGUUGGAUACCAUCAGAUUUUAAAUCAUCAAAAACUAAUAGAGCAAAUUAUAAUUUUCAAACACUUUCCAAUUUUACUGAUCAAGAUGAUGUAAAAAUUUAUUUAUAUAUUAAUUAUACUAAUAUCUCAUAG